CGCUGUGGGUUAGUCGCCAUCCAAAAAUAAACCGAUCUUCUGUUCAGCCGCAGCGCUUAAAAUUGUUGGUGGAGGUGAGGGGAAUAAUUUGGAUUGGAAGGGGGCAGUCCAAAUGUGGCCUAGCGCUUUACGGAACUUUGUCGGGCCGCCUCUUGUCAGGUGGUAUAGGCGCCGUCCCCGAUUAGGCAGAUAAUCUCAUUUCUACGGCCAUAAACUACAGUCCCCAAUACUACAUUCACAUAAUGGUAGGGUCAAGGAACCGCCUCUAUACUUUGGCGUGGCUCUGCGCGCUGCCGGUAGAGCUGGCCGCCGCGGAAGCAAUGCUUGAUGAAACACAUCCCGACCUUCCCUCAGCCACCACCGCCAAUACCACGUACUCUCUUGGGAAGAUCGCAGGCCAUAAUAUUGUCGUUGCGUGCCUGCCAUCCGGAGUCUAUGGAAUGACAUCGGCAACAGCAGUUGUCUCACAUCUCCAAGCCAUCUUUCCCAAUCUUCGAUACGGACUGAUGGUUGGCAUCGGCGGUGGUGUACCGAGCGCCGUGGCUGACAUUCGAUUGGGGGAUAUUGUGGUGAGCAGGCCAACUGGCAGCUUGGGCGGUGUCAUUCAAUAUGACUUUGGAAAGGCUGUCGGUGGCGGAGAUCUUCAGCCUACUGGUGUACUCAACCAGCCGCCGACUAUUCUGUUAACUGCCGUCUCGCAAUUAGAAGCAAAUGGGAUGCGGAAAAAGGAUUUUUUAAUGUCGGCGAAGAUCACCGAACUGCUUCACAAGUAUCCGGAGAUGAUACCCAGGUUUUCGAGACCACUGGAAGAGGAUUCUCUCAUUCACAGCGCCACCGAGCGGCCAAUUGCUCGCCCUAUACGCAAUUCAGAGGAGCCAAUAGUCCACCAUGGGAUCAUUGCAUCUGGAAAUCGUGUCAUCAAAGACGGUCUGGAACGAGACCGAAUCGCCCAACAGUUCAAUGCGCUGUGCUUUGAAAUGGAAGCUGCCGGGAUCAUGAACCAUCUCCCUUGCCUUGUCAUCCGCGGGAUCUCCGACUAUUGCGAUUCACGCAAGAGUAAGAACUGGCAAGGAUAUGCGGCACUUGUUGCGGCAAUCUAUGCGAGGAAUCUCCUCGCUGUCGUGCCAGUGAAUCGGCCUCUCAAACACGCCCUAGAUCGUGGGUGCUGGAUGGUCCCAUUUGACCGCAAUCCACGAUUUGUCGGUCGAAAUAACACGGUCAAUCAACUCAGUCAUCAAAUUCUAUCCAAAGACCAUGCACGCAGGGCAGCAAUCUCUGGGCUGGGAGGCGUGGGUAAAACACAGAUAGCAUUAGAACUGGCCUAUAAUAUCCGCAACCUGGAUCCUGCGCGAUCGAUUUUCUGGAUUCCAUCUACAAGUGUUGCGGCCAUUGAACAAGCAUUCAUGACUAUCAGUGCACAGCUGGGGUUAAAUGACAUAACUCCUGCCAAUGUCAAGUCCGAGCUGCAAAUGUUCUUGAGCUCCGAACGUGCUGGGUCUUGGUUGCUUAUCAUUGAUAAUGCGGAUGACCAGGAUAUGUGGAUAAAACCGAGUGCCUCUUCGCCUGCACUCAAAACGUUUCUUCCUCGGAUUAAUAGUCACCAAGGAUUCAUUCUGUUCACGACACGGAACCAACGACUCGCUACUCAAUUGGCUGGGCCCGAUGUUAUCAAAGUGUCAGAACUAGACGAUGAGGCCGCUUUUGAUUUGCUACAAGGAGCAUUGGUGGAGAAGGAUUUGACGAAAGAUCAGACGUCGGUCACAAUGCUCAUUCACCAACUCUGUGGUUUGCCCCUGGCCCUGAUUCAGGCUGCAAGCUUCAUCAACGAGAACGCAAUGUCCCUGGAGGCCUACGUAUCUCUCCUUACUCAACAGGAAAACACCGAAUUGCUCAGCCAAGACUUUGAUGACGAUUAUCGGUAUCCAGAUAUCCAGAAUCCGAUCACCGCGACAUGGCUUAUGUCCUUUGAGCAAGUCCAAAAGUCUUGUGCUCUUGCAGCGGAAUAUCUCUCGUUUAUCGCAUGUAUUGAUGCGCGGGAUAUUCCGCUAUCCCUUCUCCCACCAGCGUCAGGGCUCGCACAGCAGAAGGCCCUCGGAACACUCAAGGCUUAUUCCUUUGUAACCGCCCAAACCAAUAAUCAGUUCAUCAGUACCCAUCGCCUAGUCCAUCUUGCUAUUCGGAACUGGCUAAGAAAGGAGCAUUUGUUGCAGAAGUGGACAACGAAAACCGCAGAGCAUCUCAACAAGGUGUUCCCGUCAGAUGAGCACUGCAAUCGGACUCUAUGGCGACAGUAUCUACCACAUGCUCAGUUUCUUAUAGAGAGCAAGGAAUUCCAGCCAAUGACCGAUACCCGAGAGGAAUUUCUAAAGAAAGUCGGAGAAUGUCUGCACAGUGAUGGAAGAUACAAAGAAGCUGAGAUGAUCUUCCAAGAACUAUACGAAUACCAGCGGCAUGGAGCCGAUGAGGAGAAAACGCUCAUGAGCAUGACCUUGCUAGCACUGACCUUCUGGAGUCAAGGUCGAUGGAAGGAGUCUGAAGAAAUCGAUUCAAAAGUCCUAGAGGCAAGAAGGGCUCUUCUAGGCGUUGAACAUCCUGAUACAUUAAUCAGUAUGCGCAAUCUCGCAGGAACGUACCACUCUCUGGGGGAAUGGAAAAAGGCCGAGGAACUCAACAUUGAAGCACUGGAGAUAUCAAAGAGGGUGCUUGGUGUUGAACACCCUCAUACGCUGAUAUCUAUGGGCAGCCUUGCAACGACAUUCUGGAAUAUGGGGCGAUACUCUGAAUCCGAAGAACUUGAGAUAGAAGGAUUGGAGAUUUUGAUAAGAGUACGAGGCCUGGAACACCCCGAAACAUUGCUUGGUAUGCGUAACCUUGCGUCAACGUUUUCAGAGCAAGGAAGAUACAGCGAGGCCGAAAAGCUCGACUUGCAGGUCCUAGAGAUAUCGAGGAGGGUGCUAGGUGAUGAACACCCGGACACGCUGGCUAGUCUGCACAGCCUUAUAGUCGGAUACCAAAAUCAAGGCCGCUGGGAUGAGGCCGAAAAGCUUGGAGAUAUACAGCUCGUGGAAACGUCAAAGAAGGUGCUAGGUGCUGACCAUCCUGACACCUUAUCCAAUAUGGUCAGCCUCGCAACAAGAUUUCGAAACCAGGAGCGCUGGAAAGAGGUUGAAGGGCUUGAGAGAACAGUGAUGGAGACAAGGAAAAUAGCGCUCGGUAUCGACCACCCUGAUACGUUGGUCUGCAUGGGUAAUCUGGCGUCAACGCUUUGGGUUCUAGAGCGCCGGAAGGAAGCUGAGCAGCUUGAAAGAACGGUUGUGCAGACCAGAGAAAGAGUUCUUGGUGUGGAACACGCCGACACCUUGGACAGUAUGGCUAGCCUUGCGUCAAGACUCUGGAAUAUGGACCGUCACCAAGAGGCCGAAGAGCUUGAGCGGAAGGUGAUGGAGACAAGACAACAGGUGCUCGGCGAUGAGCAUCCGGAUACCUUAACAUCCAUGGCGAAUCUUGCAAUGACACUCACAACUUUGAAGCAUUGGAACGAAGCCAAAGAGAUGCAGCAAAUGGUCCUGGAGACAAGGAAAAGAACGCUUGGUGCCAAGCAUCCGGACACCCUAUCCAGCAUGGUUGAGCUUGCAGCGACACUCUGGAACCUGAAGGAUUGGGAAGAAGCCCAUGAAUUCGAAAUCAUGAUUCUAGAAACAAGAAUGGAAGUGCUUGGCGAUCAACACCCGGAUACGUGGGAAAGCAUGGGCACCGUGGCGUUGAUCCGGCUGGGGGAGGGGCGUUGGAAAGAGGCCGAGGACCUGGAGCGAAAGGUUCUGGAAACAAGGAAGAAGGUGCUGGGAGCAGACCACCCUGAAAGCGUCACCAACAUGCUCCAUUUUGCAUCGACGCUUGCGCUUCUGAAGCGUUGGAAGGAGGUUGCAGAGCUGGAAUCCGCGGUCGUGGAGAAGAGGAUACAGCUACUGGGCGAGGGUCACCCGCAAACUCUGGUCAGCAUGUCAAUGCUGGCCAAUACUUUGAAUCACCUCAGGCGUCAGAAUGAAGCCAUUGCCAUGAUUGAGCGCUGCAGACAACUGGAAGAGAAGUACCUCGGCGCCGACCAUCCAGACACGAUUGGCACCGUGAGAUUGUUGGAAGAGUGGCGAGCCAGCGCUCUCAGUGCAACUGGCCAGGGAACUGCAAGCUGGAAUGUCCCCGGCUGGACUCAACGGCACCAAAAUCUAUUGCCAUCUUUUCAUCCGAUCCUAUCCCUGUUGAAAUCUUCCAACAGCAGUUUCCCGGAUGACGACGAUAUUGAUUGACGAAAUACGAAUGACAACAUCUUGCAUGAUUCGCCAUUCAGCGUAUAUAUUGUCUAUAAUUGAUUGUUUAUAUUAUGCUGUUGAAUGAUGAAAUGAAAAUUACAC